CUACGGGACUACGUGACUGGCGUGGCCAAAGAGGGGCCUCAGAAUUCGGCUGUUGGGCUGGCGCGAGACCUUGCAAGGCCGUUUGGCAGGCACUCAACCUCCACUGUGUGUGGGGCUAUAGCUAUAUAAGCUACGGCCCACCGCCUGUUUGGGCAUCAGUUGCAUUUGUUCCAUUCAACAAGUAAAACAAUCUAAAAUCCCAAUCCUCCCAAGAUGUUCAAGUUCGUCGCCGCCGUUGUCCUCGCUCUGAUUGCCUGCGUUGCCGCCAAGCCCGGAAUCGUGGCUCCCCUGGCCUACUCCGCCCCCUACGUGGCUGCCUCUCCCUACGUGGCGGCGUCUCCAUAUGUGGCAUCUCCCUAUGUGGCAUCUCCCUACGUCGCCUCCCCGUACACUGCCGCCUACGCUUCUCCGUACACCGCUGCCUACACCGCUGCUGCCUACGCCUCCCCCUACGCUGCCGCCUACACAGCCCCCUAUGCCGCUGCUGCCGCAUACACCGCCCCCCUGCUGCUGAAGAAAAACACUCGACCGUACAACAAUCCAUUCAAGAUGUUCAAGUUCUUCGCCCUCGCCUUCGUCGCUUUGAUUGCCUGCGCCUCGGCCAAGCCCGGAAUUGUGGCUCCUUUGGCCUACUCUGCUCCUCUGGUGGCUGCUGCCCCAGCGGCUGCUGUUUACAGCCGGGAAUAUCACGGCAACUUUGCGGCCCCCUACGUGGCAGCAGCAUCUCCCUAUGUGGCAUCCCCAUACGUGGCAUCUCCUUACGUCGCUUCACCCUACGUGGCAUCUCCGUACGUCGCUUCUCCCUAUGUGGCAUCUCCGUAUGUGGCAUCUCCCUAUACAGCGGCCUACAGCGCAGCUCCUGUUCUACUGAGGAAGUAGAUGCUGGACGAAUGGAAGCAGUGGCUGACUGAACAAAUGAAAUGAAUUGAAGAAGAAUAUGGAAAAUAUAAAGCUCAAAUAUUU